AUGAAGGUUUGCAAGAAGACCACUUGGGGUGAGUGGACGUCAAGGUUGAUAGUUCCAAUAGUGAUUGACGUGGCCCCAUUAAAGCCGAUGACUAGGACGUCAUUAUGUGGCAGGUCAAGCCCGAUCAAGUCCUUCUUCUGGAAGCCGAUAAUGGGUGUAUCCACAAUGACUGGUACUCCAGUUGUGACUUAA